UUUUUCCCCCCCACUCCGCGCUCCCCGCCAGCCGCCGCCGUGGCCGCCCGGCGAUGAACGGCGGGGCCCUGCCGCUGCCGCCCCUGCCCCCAGCCGCCCCCCGCGGCCGCCGGCGGCCCCCGUCCCCCGAGCUCUUGCGCUGCAAGCGCCGCCUGGCCUUUGCCGCCCUGCCGGGUACCGGGGCGGCUGCGGCGGCCGCCGUGGCCCGUCGGAAUGAGCGGGAGCGCAACCGCGUGCGGCUCGUCAACUUGGGUUUCGCCGCCCUCCGGCAGCACGUCCCGCACAGCGCCGCCAGCAAGAAGAUGAGCAAAGUGGAGACACUCCGGUCCGCCGUCGAAUACAUCCGCGCCUUGCAGCGGCUCCUCGAUGAGCACGACGCCGCUUCAGCCGCCUUCGCCGACGGCCGCGGGAGGGCGGCCGUCGGGGAAGGCGGCUGCGGCGGCGGCUACUCCUCCGCCUCGCCCUCCUUCGCCUCCUCCGUGCCCGGCUCGCCUUGUUCUUCCGACGAGAGCGGCUACGACGCGGCGCUGAGCCCCGAGGAGCGGGAGCUGCUGGACUUCACCAGCUGGCUCGGGAGCUACUGACCCGGCUGCAGCCGCUCUCAGCCAGCAGUGACUCGGCGCCCUCGCUCUCGGGAGCAGUCAGCAUCCUCCUCAAAAUACUCACUCCCUGCUGGCUGCUCUUCUCGCCGGGUUCACCCGUCGUCUUCGGGCUGUGGAAAGUGCAAUGGUGUAAAUGACUGCGGGACUCUGCCACCGGCUCCGGGCAGCUGCUCUGUCUGCCCGCCGGGAGCGGCCGACGGAGAAGGGGGCCUUUGCGACCCCGCUUCCCCCCACGGCUGGUCUCUGGUGACGCUUUGGAGCGGUGGAAAAAAAGAAAUUAAAACCACUUGAUGCUUCCUUGUUUCUGGAGGGGGAGGGAAUUUUUUAUCAUGUCAGAUUCUAUUUUACAUGUAACUUGAACUGUCUAUGGGAACACUGGUGUAUGAAGACUUAUUUUUGUACAAGAAACUUUAGAGAAAAGGGGUGAGAUGGUUCUAUUUUUUAGCAAGUCCUAUUCCCUUGUUCUUGAAAACUACCAGCUAGAAUGUUUUGGAAGCAUACACGGUUUAGAUAAAAAGGUGUUUUGUUUUGUUGGUUUGUUUUUUCUCUCUGAACACUUUAGUAAAAGACUGUAAAUUUACGUUGUGUCUUAACGUGGUGUCCGAGUUUGCCUGGUGUGAAGGUACACUUCUCUGAAAACUGAAGUUUGGGUUUUUUUAAAAAAAUGUGUUGAAGGCAUUUUUGUAUGCACUUGCUAUGAUUUCUUAAGUUGUAUAUAUGCAGUUUUUAAGAGAGUAUCGUAUUUUAUGUAAAUUGACUUUAUAAAUAAAAAUCUAUUUAUAAAUGGC